AUGCUGUCAAGAUCCCCGAGCCCAGUUUCCGAUCCGGACGCCCCUUUCAACGUGAGCGACGCAUUGGCCCCGCCACGAGUCAACAAGGCCGCGAGCACGACAAAAAUCACCUUCGACGGACUCCUAAACGAUCCCCUCCUCCUAAAAGAAGAUCUAAAGAAUGGAUGUGGUGGCCAGCUCUGGCCUGCAGGCAUGGUUUUGACAAAAUAUAUGCUCAGUCAACGCGCCUCGGAGCUGGCCGGGAAAUCGAUUGUCGAACUCGGAGCCGGAGGAGGCCUUGUCGGACUAGGCGUCGCGCGAGAAUGUGAAUUCGCAGCACCCCUUCACAUCACAGACCAACUCCCCAUGUUCGAAUUGAUGAAGGAAAAUGUUGCACUGAACGACCUCGAAAGCAAAGUGCAAGCUUCAAUACUAGACUGGGGCGAACCGAUCCCGACUCACAUUCCAGCACAUCCCGAUAUCAUCCUUGCGGCCGACUGCGUCUACUUCGAACCCGCCUUCCCGCUACUUAUCACGACACUCAAGGAUCUCAUCGGGCCAAACACAACGUGCUAUUUCUGCUAUAAGAGGCGGAGAAGAGCCGAUUUGCGGUUUAUCAAAAUGGCGAAGAAGGCCUUCGAUUUUCAAGAAGUUCGUGACGACCCCAAUGCGCCAGCCUAUAAUCGGGAGAACAUCUUUCUCUACACCCUUCGGCGCAAGGCUCCCAAAUGCGCCAACAAGCAACUUGCGAUGGAAUAG